AGUGGUGAUGGCCCUCUGAAUAGAAUUGAAUUGAAGGAAGAAAGAAAAGCAAAGGUUGAUAGUGGCGACCGGUGGAGUCUCUUUCUCUCUGUCAAGAUUCGAAAUCCAUGGCUGCCAAUUCCAGGAGCUCUUCGCCUUUGCCUGUCUCGUUGACCGAUCCCCCGCCGCCCCCCGCCGAGGACAAGCUCUUCCGAGGAUCCUCAAUGACUAAACGGGGGGCCUAUGCUGCUAUCUCAUACAUGGCUUGUGCUGUGCUUUUGGUAAUGUUCAAUAAAGCAGCCCUUUCUUCAUACAGUUUUCCAUGUGCCAAUGUUAUAACACUUUGUCAGAUGGUAUGUUCGUGCUGUUUCCUUUAUGCAAUGCGACGCUCAAAGCUUAUUUCUCUAAAUGCUAACGAAUCUGUAGACAUCAAUGAUAAUUUCAAAACAUUAGUCCCAAUAAAGACAUUGAUCAACACUUCGCCUCUUGCUUUCUCCUAUUUGCUUUACAUGUUAGUCACAAUGGAGUCUGUCCGAGGUGUAAAUGUGCCAAUGUAUACAACAUUGCGAAGAACAACAGUAGUCUUUACAAUGAUCGUUGAGUACAUACUUGUGAAUCAGAGAUAUACGAGACCUAUUCUUGGAAGUGUAGCUUUGAUAGUAUUGGGUGCUUUUAUUGCUGGAGCCCGGGACUUGUCAUUUGACUACUACAGCUAUUUCAUUGUUUUCCUGGCAAAUAUCACCACAGCAAUAUACCUUGCAACUAUAGCUCGUAUUGGAAAAUCGAGUGGCCUAAACAGCUUUGGCCUCAUGUGGUGCAACGGAAUUUUGUGUGCGCCGGUGUUAUUUUUAUGGACCCUAUUUCGAGGUGACCUUGUGAUGACAAUGAAUUUCCCAAGUUUGUUCUCUCCUGGUUUCCUGACAGUAUUGCUUCUAUCCUGCAUACUGGCUUUCUUCCUGAAUUACAGCAUAUUCCUCAACACUACUCUCAAUUCUGCACUUGCACAGACGAUAUGUGGUAAUUUGAAGGAUCUUUUCACGAUCUCGCUUGGCUGGGUAGUCUUCGGUGGACUGCCAUUUGAUUUCUUAAAUGUCGUUGGACAAAUUCUCGGCUUCAUAGGCUCAGGCAUGUACGCCUAUUACAAGCUUAUUGGCAAAUGAUCAGCUACAACAGAGAGCUAAUCUUAUAUGUAUGUAGUAUACGCCAAAUGACGACAACCUAGAGGCAUUGGCAAUUGGAGAAUCAGAACAACAUUGCCGACUGCUGUGAACACUGCAUCGGCUUUGAUUUUACAGUUUUGCUUUAAUUUAAUGAAGAAUCCAUCGCUCACACACAUAUAUAGUCGACCACGCAUAGUACAUUGUAGGCUGAAACUAGCCGGGAAAAAAAUAUGCGAACAUCUUCGACCCGGUUGAUGGAUUUUGUUUCUUUGCAGAUUCUAAAUGAAAUGAAAUGAAAUGAAAAGAAAGCUACCCUGUUUC